GCCCCCUCGGCCGCUCCGCUCCCUGGCGUGACUCGGCACUGCGAUCCCCGGGAACUGGCGCCGUGGUCGCCGCGUCUCCGGCCCAGGCCUCGGCCUUCCUGAGCCUCUCCCUUUCCUCUUCCGAGCUUCCUUCCUCUUCAGUUUCGAAGUCGGAGGCACCGCGGCCGCCCUACCGGGCUCUCUGUGAGGAUGGUGGGAGUGAAGCCGGUCGGCAGCGAUCCGGAUUUCCAGCCGGAGCUGAGCGGCGCGGGCUCCAGACUCGCGGUGGUCAAGUUCACCAUGAGAGGGUGUGGACCAUGUUUGAGGAUUGCCCCAGCAUUCAGUUCCAUGAGCAAUAAGUAUCCACAGGCAGUUUUCUUGGAAGUAGAUGUACAUCAGUGUCAGGGAACAGCUGCCACCAACAAUAUAUCAGCAACACCUACGUUUUUGUUUUUUCGAAACAAAGUGAGAAUUGAUCAAUAUCAAGGAGCAGAUGCUGUGGGAUUAGAAGAAAAAAUCAAGCAGCACUUAGAAAAUGACCCUGGGAGCAAUGAGGACGCAGAUAUUCCAAAAGGCUACAUGGACUUAAUGCCUUUUAUUAACAAAGCUGGUUGUGAAUGUCUUAAUGAAAGUGAUGAGCAUGGAUUUGACAACUGUUUACGAAAAGACAUGACUUUCUUGGAAUCUGACUGUGAUGAACAGCUACUUAUUACUGUGGCAUUCAAUCAACCUGUUAAGCUUUAUUCCAUGAAAUUUCAAGGGCCAGAUAAUGGUCAGGGGCCUAAAUAUGUAAAAAUUUUUAUCAACUUACCCCGAUCUAUGGAUUUUGAAGAGGCAGAAAGAAGUGAACCAACUCAAGCUUUGGAACUGACAGAAGAUGAUAUUAAAGAAGAUGGCAUUGUUCCACUUCGAUACGUUAAGUUUCAGAAUGUUAACAGUGUAACUAUAUUUGUUCAGUCUAAUCAAGGUGAAGAAGAAACAACAAGAAUUUCGUAUUUUACUUUUAUUGGUACUCCAGUCCAAGCAACUAAUAUGAAUGACUUCAAACGAGUAGUUGGCAAAAAAGGAGAAAGCCACUAAGGUACAAAAGACACUGGAAGAUCUGUUGCAGUCAGAUUUGCAGCUCCUGGAUAAUUGCUUGAUUCUCUCCAGAAAUUGUCAAUGUUUCGUUCAUUGCCAUUACCAAUAAAUCAUUGCUUUUGUUCAGAUGCUAUUACUAGUGUUUCUAUUGUAAUCUUGAUACAUGCAGUUGUAAAUAAAAGUCACUACUUUUGCCAAGCUAAAAUCUUGUCAUUCCACAUAAAUAUUUUCAAUUUCAUUUAUUUGAAUAUUUUCCAGCUUCUUAUUUUAGAGGAGACCUAAAUGUUUGGUAGCAUAUUGUUUGAAAGCUAGUUUCUCUAUUAGAGGAACAAAAUUGUUGUACUGAAUUAAGGAGUACAUUUGUAUACACACAUACAUAAACAUACAGAGUGAAUGAUUUUGGUAAAUGCACUUAGAAUACCUAACUAACCAUGCUUAAGUAAGUACUGAAUUUUUAUUAAAAAGACAUUUGGUUAUCUAGAUGAUAUUAUAGAAAUUACUCAAAUUAUAAACUGCCAGGAAUAAAUAAA